AUCGGGGCCCCAAUUGGCGACAACUUCAAGCUGGUGCGUAUGGCCAUGUAUAGCGAAAAGUUCUGGAUCCGAGAUGUGGGCACCGAUACGGAGCGUUUCAUCAAGACCAUGCUGUGCAUCAAGACUCGAGCGAGUGGCAAAGUGAUCGCAGAGAAGUAUUACAUGGUAUUACGCCAGCGUGGUCGCCGGGUCGAAGCACGAACCGGAUGGAAAAUGCUGUACUCGGUGCGUCAUCUGGCCCAGCCAUUGCGUAUCGGCGAGACUCAACCUCUUUGUAUGUGCGUGGUGCAGGUGGAUAAGGACAGCCGGAAAGGAGAGCAUAACGAAGAGACCUUGUGGAAGCUCCUCAUGAACUGCGUUCUCAAUAGCCCAAACCUUGCCGAUGCUCAAUUCGACGAUGCAUCUCGGGCCAAGGUCGCUGAGAUGACACAGGAGCCAGAGACGACACAGAUCAUCGGCAUGCUCGAUGAACAUCCGGACAGGGGUUUGUUGGAGAUGCCGCCCUGUCCAUCGUGCAAGGAGAUGCGCAUUCUAUGUGCUACCAGCCUUGAGAGAAUCGACUGGAUGCUCUCAGACGGUGGAAAGCUGAAGGAUACGUGAAGUGAAAGAAGAAGCAGGUACACUUUGCAAGGUUCGGAAGCAGCAAUCGUGCAACAACGAGAAGUCGAAAGUGGAGCUGCCAAUCAAAUGGGCACUGGAUCAACAUAGGAGCACUAUCAGUCUACAUC